GCUGCAAGAUGGCGGCGGAGCGCCAGGGAGGAGGAGGCGGCGGCCGCGGGGCCGGAGCGGAGGAGAACAAGGACCACAAGGACGGCAAGGACAACAAGGAGAACGAGCGGCCGGCGGGGCCGCAGCCCGGCGGCCUCGGCGACAGCCUGGGCCUGGAGAUCCUGCAGAUCGUGAAGGAGUCACAGCAGCAGCAUGGCCUGAGGCAUGGGGACUUCCAGAGAUACAGGGGUUAUUGCUCCCGCAGGCUGAGGCGGCUCCGCAAAACUCUCAACUUCAAAAUGGGCAACAGGCACAAGUUCACUGGGAAGAAAGUAACUGAAGAGAUUCUCUCAGACAACAGGUAUUUGCUGCUGAUCCUGAUGGAUGCAGAGAGGGCCUGGAGCUAUGCCAUGCAGCUGAAGCAGGAGGCCAACACGGAGCCUCGCAAGCGCUUCCAUUUGCUCUCGCGGCUGCGCAAGGCUGUGAAGCAUGCUGAGGAGCUGGAGAGGCUCUGUGAGAGCAACAGGGUGGAUGCCAAGACAAAGCUGGAAGCUCAGGCGUACAUGGCUUAUCUCACCGGGAUGCUUCGCUUCGAGCACCAGGAGUGGAAGGCAGCAAUGGAGGCUUUCAACAAAUGCAAGACCAUCUAUGAAAAGCUGGCCAAUGCUUUCACAGAAGAACAAGCUGUGCUGUAUAACCAGCGUGUGGAGGAGAUCUCGCCCAACAUCCGCUACUGUGCCUACAACAUUGGUGACCAGUCUGCCAUGAAUGAGUUGAUGCAGAUGAGACUGAGGUCUGGUGGCACUGAAGGUCUUCUUGCAGAAAAACUGGAGGCACUGAUCACCCAGACUCGAGCAAAGCAGGCAGCCACGAUGAGUGAGGUGGAGUGGAGGGGGAGAACUGUUCCAGUGAAGAUUGACAAAGUGAGGAUCUUCCUGCUGGGGCUGGCUGACAACGAGGCAGCAAUUGCUCAGGCAGAAAAUGAAGAGACAAAAGAACGUUUGUUUGAGUCUUUACUCAGUGAGUGCAGAGAUGCCAUUCAGGCUGUUCGGGAAGAAUUGAAACCAGACCAGAAGCAGCGAGAACACUCUCUGGAAAAUGAUUCUGGGAAAGUGUCCAACAUCCAGUACUUACACAGUUAUUUGACCUACAUCAAGCUGUCCACAGCCAUCAAGCGCAACGAGAGCAUGGCCAAGUCCCUGCAGAAGGCCCUGCUGCAGCAGCAGCGCUCCGACGAGGAUGGCAAGCGCUCGCCACGGCCGCAGGACCUCAUCCGCCUCUACGACAUCAUCCUGCAGAACCUUGUGGAACUGACACAACUUCCUGGCCUAGAAGAGGACAAGAACUUCCAGAAGGAGACUGGACUGAAGACACUCGUUUACAAAGCUUACAGGUGUUUCUUCAUUGCCCAGUCCUAUGUCCUGGUAAAGAAAUGGAGUGAAGCCCUUGUGCUGUAUGAGAGGGUGCUGAAAUAUGCCCGUGAGGUUCAGUCAGGAGCUGGAGCUCACAGGAACAGCUUGAAGGAGUUGCCUGAUGUUCAGGAUCUCAUCACUCAAGUCAAUGCAGAGAAGUAUUCCUUGCAAGCAGCAGCUAUUUUAGAUGCAAAUGAUCCUCACGAGACUGAGUCUCCAUCUCAGGUCAAGGAUGGCAAGCCACUCUCAGAACGGUUUGAGACUUUCUGCCUGGAUCCUUCCCUGGUCAGCAAGCAAGUCAGCCUCGUGCACUUCCCACCAGGAUUCCAGCCCAUUCCAUGCAAACCCUUGUUCUUUGACCUGGCCCUUAAUCAUGUUGCUUUCCCACCUCUGGAGGACAAGGUGGAGCAGAAGGCCAAGAGUGGCCUCACAGGAUAUAUAAAGGGCAUUUUUGGAUUCAAAAGUUAACCAGGACCCCCAGAGGAACAAAGGUUUUUAUUCUGUAUUGAAGGAAAAGCUCCAGGAGGUUCUAGGACACAAACACCUGCACCUGAAACCAAAAGAGGGAAGUUUUACCAUCUUCUCCCCUGUGUCCUGUGUUUAUGUCUGUGCACACAUUCUCUCCCAGUGUAUUAAAGACAAGCAAUUACUCAGAAACAAGCAUACACUAUAAAUAACUGAAAAUAACCUGGAGCACAGAGAAAUUCCUUUCUGCUUGGAGAAGUUCUGUGAUCAGUGCUGUCCAGUGCUGGAACACAUCUGUUUACCAUGGAUCAGGGCAUAGAUACAAUUUAAUUCCUGCCUCUGCCCCAUUAUUUGACACUAUAGUUUGAAUUUUUGAUCUAGAAAUUGGGGUGUAAUUGGGAAGCAGAGGCAGAAGUAGGUGCAUAACUAAACCAGCAAGGUGAGGCUCCCUCACAAUGGCUGUGGAACAGUAGCCAGGGGGGCAACUUCUCCUUUCCUUUCAACCCAGAAGUCUAUAUUUUUUAAGAAUGUAAUGUUCAGAAGUGACAAAAUAGAGCCUCUUUCCUUAUCAGUAAGGAUGGCAAAUGUCAAAUGUUGAUGGUGGUGAAUUUGUACUCUGGGCCAAUAGCACCCUUCUUUAUUCAUACACACUUCGUUAAAUACCUAAAUACAGUAUAGAACCUAUUCCUGAAAGUAUUUUCCUGGGAAAAUAGCUUCAUGGGUGGCUUUAGAAAUAGCUACUUGCUCUUCUUGGGAAGUUGGGUCUCUUGGUGUUUGUUUUGUCUCUGAUCUAAACCUUGUCUGAAAACAAGAUGAUCUUUUUCUGAAGUUCAUCUGUUGCUUUGUUUCUUGUCCCUGGUCGGUAGCUACACCUGAAGUGAGGGAUAAGGAACAGGAGACCAGUGGGUUUGUGAGUGAUAAUUCAUCUCUGUCAUGCCAGACAGCAUUUUUUAUAAAGCACCCAGGUGACAUGGGGAUGGACACUUUGAAAGUGCAGGUAAUUUCAUAAUUGUGAUCACUUCAGCAAGAAAAGACCCCACAGCACAUGGGCAGAACUGUUCCUAAAUAAAACAUUUGGAAGAUUCCA